AUGCUGCACAACAACUCGCCUUCGCCAGGCUACUCGAGUGGCCGCGCCGACAGUGGCCUCACCGGCUCGUCGCCGCCAAUGCAGUACGCUAAGGUGAAUGGUGUGCACAGCAGUGGCGAGUACGUAGCCACAGACGCACUACCCGAUAGCAUGACAAACCGUGGCCGAUUCUCAUACGCGUCCUCUGCAACGAAUGUUAAUUCGUUCAACAGUCCGCGCAGAAUCCGUCGCAAGAAGGAUCCGACCCCGUUCAACAUCCUGGUGAUUGGGGCCAAGAACAGUGGCAAGACCUCGUUCAUCUCCUUUCUCAAACACUCGCUCUCGCUUCCGCCUGGCAAGCAGCCCCAUGGACAUGAACCGGAUCCGGUACUUUCGAACGCUGCUCAUGCCUCUUCAUUCACCCCAACUUACCUGGAGUCUGAGAUUGAGGGUGAGCGAAUCGGUCUGACUCUCUGGGAUUCCAAAGGAUUGGAGAAGAAUGUGGUGGAUCUGCAAUGCAGGGAGCUGGCCGCGUUCGUGGAGAGCAAGUUUGAAGAGACAUUCGCAGAGGAGCAAAAGGUCAUGCGCACCCCGGGUGUCAAGGAUACCCAUAUCCAUUGCGUCUUCUUGGUGCUGGAUCCUGUCAGGCUCGACAACACGAUUGCUUGUUCCGCAGCUCACCCAAACGGCAGAAAGCCUGCUGCAUCCCUAGACGACGAUCUCGACCUUCAGGUGAUGCGCGCGUUGUGGGGAAAGACGACUGUUGUUCCCGUUAUCGGCAAAGCUGACACCCUCACUACCGGGCAUAUGGCCUUCCUCAAGCGUGCUGUGUGGGACGCUGUCAAGGCUGCAAAGCUUGAUCCUCUGGAAGCGCUGGAGCUGGAGGAUGAUGACUCUGAAGAAGACUCGAGCGGCGAGAUUGAGGACGCUGAAUCGGAGGAUGAUACCUUUGACUCUUCUCUACCUUCCAUGAAGACGCGUUCUGGAAAAUCCCACAAGCGACAGUCUAGUCUCUCGGCGAUGGAAACAGCCGGUGGAGAGCCUCCAUAUCUGCCGAUGUCUGUGUUCUCGCCUGACAUCUACGACCUGCCGCCGUACGCUCCGCAGCUGAAGAAAGGCGACAAGGUCGGUCGACGCUUCCCUUGGGGUUUUGCAGAUCCGUACGAUGCCGCCCACUGCGACUUUGGGCGUCUCCGAGACAGCGUCUUCUCUGAGUGGCGAGUGGAGCUCCGGGAGCUAAGCAGAAGCCGAUGGUAUGAGAAUUGGCGCACAUCCCGGCUGAAGAACCUUCCCGGAACACGACAACGAGUCCAAGGCGGCGUAACGCCUGUCGCCAGUGUGCCGAGAGGCGGUAGAAUUGCCUCCCAGCCACGACAGUCAUCACUGCAGCCAAUUGGCGCUGAAUCUGGAACUGACCGGAAGCCGAGCAGCGUCUCCACGUCACCAUCAGUCGGUAACCUCAGUCCAAGCCCAGUCUUGAGUAAAGUCGGUGCGCGAGAUGUAUCUGGCGCCAGUGCUGCGGGUAGUGUACGUGGAGCUGGAUUCAGGAGCUCGGAAUCGAAUGCUCCGUAG